AUGUACUUCAGGCACUGGUAUUUCCAGAGGCUUAUCUCGGAGCUGAACCAAGAAGCGAGUUCCAGACAGCAGGUAACACCACCCAGCCCAAGCAGGCAGUGGAGAUCAGGACUACAGGUCGUCUUAUCUCUUCAUAUCGACCCUCAAGGAUCUUUCAGCGGGGCCAGCGAGCGCACCUUCGUGGCCAUCAAACCGGAUGGGGUCCAGCGGCACCUGGUGGGGGAAAUCAUCCGGCGGUUCGAGAGGAAGGGCCUGCAGCUGGUGGGGCUGAAGCUCCUGCAGGCCUCGGAGGACCUGCUGAAAGAGCACUACAUCGCCCUUCGUGACCGUCCCUUCUACAGCCGGCUGGUGAAAUACAUGAGCUCUGGGCCUGUGGUGGCCAUGGUCUGGCAGGGCCUGGAUGUGGUCAAGACAGUGCGCACAAUGAUUGGGGAGACCAACCCAGCCGAAUCCAGGCCUGGCACCAUCCGAGGAGACUUCUGCGUUGAAGUCAGCAAGAAUGUGAUCCACGGCAGCGACUCGGUUGAGAGUGCCCGGCAGGAGAUCUCCCUCUGGUUCCGCCCGGAGGAGCUGACUUGCUGGGAGGACACAGCCGAGCACUGGAUCUAUGCGUGA